AUGUUUAUCUUUUCACUUGUUUUUGUUCCGACUUAUACUCUUCGUCUUCUCGAGGAUAGCCAUUCUAACUCACAAGACUUGUGUGAAGACUUUCGCUAUGACGGCGUGGAGCUGCCAAUUGCUGAAGUAAUUAUCGGUGAGAAGACGUUUAAUUCUAGAAACUGUGGCGAAAUGGUCCCUAUUGAUGAGGUGAACAAGGACAUUCCGGUCGUAAAGUUUUCGCAGGUACGUUCAAUUGGUUUUGCAGUUUUUAUCCUCUUUGACUCUAGUUCACUCCCAGAAGUGACCGAAACAUGAAAAACGUAGAGGAAAAAGCAAAUGUCACCUUUUAGAAAAUUAUACCUUGUGAAACUACUACCGAAGAGGUUUUAUUUGAAUGGACACAAUUUAAUGAAGGCUUUCCUCCAAAGACUUUAAGGUUAGAACCCCAGUACAAGACUCCAUAUUCACUCUGUAUCAGGAGAGAUAUAUUGUCAAUAUUUUAGCUUUAUUAAUGCUAUCUCUAACGCAAAAUGAAAAGCGCAUUCGGUCUUGCAUCAAAUUUAAUGAGGUGAAAAUUGUGAUGCUGCCGGAAUUUUGAAAUCAGUAACCCUUCCCCUCGUAUUUGAGUAAGCGUAGUCCAGUAAGCUAUAAAACUCGGAAAUUUGUCAAACACUAAUCGGUCUGAAUUUAUAAAGAGAAAACAAACUUGAAAGUACAACCGUAAAUAAGUUUGCAAACGCGAUCGCAAACUUUGCCCUGCAAAUUCUUCACGAAUAAUUUAUAAAGCCGGGCAAUCAAACACUCUCAAGAGUGUUUUAUCUGAUAUCCAAACACUUGAAAUGUCUGGUUCAUUUCAGAAAGGAGGGUGCGACUCUGUUGUUGUUCGAAUGCUAUGGAUAUCAGAUGUAACUCUCCUCGUAUUUGAUGCAGUAGUGUCAUUAUAUUCUAGCCUUAUCUUUCCAUUAUCUUUUUUUUAUCUCAGGACAACGAAACUCUUUACUUGGUUGCCAUGUUGGAUCCUGACACACCCUCCUUUCGUAAUCCACAUUGUCGCCACUGGGUUCACUUUAUUUUUGGUAAUGUUAAGGUCAGUCUAAUUCCUUACAAAAAGACUAAACCUUAGUAAUAGAGAAAUUAAGAUUCACGUUUACGCCAAACGGCAAACGUGAAUUGGUACCACCACGUGACCAAGUUUUUCCCUUAAUUGUAGUGUAAUGUUUAUUACUUCUACUCAAAAAUAAGUAGUUUCACGCCAGUUUUAUCCGUAAGAAUUGUUCUGGACAGUUUUAAUCUUAUUUUCUAUUCUGAGAAGUUCUCAACUUAAAUCUGACGUUUGCCUUAAAAGUGAAUCUUAGAUCUCUCUAAUAUUACCCGCACACACUUGAACAACUUAAAGAUACUGCCGAACAAACGGCCAACCUAAACCCAUUGAAUCUUUUGAACUGUUACAUUAAUGACAAAAUAAAAAGUGCACAUACAUUUUCAUUUACCUGUAUAAUAUUUUCUUAGUAAGAUCUAUAUAGUAUCCUAAUAAUGACAGCAAAAAUAAUUAAUUUUGACGCUGUUUUUCAUUUUGAGUUUUAGUCGUUUAAAGACGUGAAAUUUUCGUUUCGGCGGGUUGCAAUGGCGCAAGGACUACGACGAGAUUGUGAAGUCAUUUCUAGACUGUUCACAGUCCUCUAUUUUUCCGUAAGAUCAUCGAGAUCGAGCUCGAGAGCUUUGCGUUACGGGCCGCCAUCUUCAAUGACUGUCAAAACUACUUAGGGAGCGGGGGCGAGGAAUGCUUCUUUCCCCUUUUCACCGUUCCCAGGCUAGUUCUUUUGAUAUUGAUUAGAAAUUUUGACUUUCGGUAAUACUUUGACCUACUUAGAGUAAAAUACCGAAAAAGAUGUAUAAUUGAGCUUUGUGCCAGCUUGUGUUAAAACGAGCGGAGUCUCCUUUCUGUUUUUACGCCUUCAAUGUAUAACUUCCCUGUUAACUAGCCUGAAAUUCAUCCGAUUGCUUCGAGUCGUUUUCUCCUCUCAUCAACUUACUGAGGGAGUCAAUAACGACUCGAAGUAAUCGGAUGAAAUUCAGGGCCCUGUUAACGUGCUGAUCGUAAAAUCCUACUGCUCAAACAUUAAAUAUCUUUUUUGUUGUUUGCUCUGUUGUACAACUCUAACAACCGUUUCUCAAUUCGCAGGGGAAGUAUCUGGCCUAUGGUAAGAUCCGAGGAGGAAAUAUCUAUGGAGGUCAGUUUGUUGAGGAGUGCCUGGCUGUUACAGACACGUAACAAAAAACGGAACCUCACGCAGCACACUUCCGAGUUCCAAAAACCCUCACUUCCAUAAUGAGGCUAAGUGAAAAGCCGUGUUCGUGAAAAUGAGUCUUAUUUGCAUGAGAAUGAAAAAUCAUUUCCAUAUCAAAGGCUGAGCAUUUAACCUCGUUUUGAUAUUGUCACCAUUAUCAUUUGCCCACAAUACAUCUUGUUUACCCCUCAAAAUUUUGCAUAAGCGUUAUUUUCGCUUUCUCUCGGCGCGGCUUUCAUACCGCAGGGGAUACUGAAAACAAUGCCUAUACAAAAAUGUAGGAGAAAGCAGGGUGAAAUAUGGGCAUUGUGAAAGUGGCGAAUAAGAGACUGUCACAGAAAUUGAUUAUCUCUUAGUUCCCUUGGGAACACUAUGAACAAUUGCUUCGUAAAUCAGCACGAUUUCACAGAAAGUCCUGCCUAAAACUUGGCAAUAAAAAGAAAGAUGGCCAAGUUAUCUCCGCUAACCAUUCGCAAUUGAAUCGUUUUAAAAGACUCGUACUCUGUUCGGGUGGCGGAACAUACCCGAGUAGGCCAAGUGAGUGACCCCCACCCACCUGCCCACCUGGUCACCCCUCAAUAAUCCGCCGCAAAUAGUUUGUGCUAGAGAUUAUUUCACGGCUUAUAAAUUAAUACAACGUUAGCUAUCACUGACAUCACUCAAAUAAAAUUUCUUUUGAGUGACAAGGUUCUUCCUUUCUUUUACUUCCUAGAAUACAACCCACCUAACCCUCAACCAGGUCAAGGAAUUCAUCGCUUUUAUUUCUUCGUGUUCAAACAGAAAGUAAGGCUGGUGAACAGAAUUCAGAUCACUAAUCGAUGUGGCUUUAAUAUCGAUGGAUUCAUGGAAGAUUUCGAUCUGCAGCCGGUUGCAAUGAACAUGUUUAGGUCUGAAUUCCAAAACAUUGUGUUAAUAAGCGACAUGAUGGUAAUUGACUGA